UUCUCUCUCUUCCUCCCUCGUUCAAAGCGUCUCACUGAAACAAACAGGGUAUAUACUACACUAUAUAUGACAGACAAAUUUCGAGCCUCUCUAGCUAAAAUGAGACCCUUUUCCAGAUUCUUGAUUCUUCUGGCUCUGCUUGCUCUUGUUGAAUCUUCCUCCUCCUGCAAACUUAGUCAACAAGACCUCAACCUUGUGUCCAAGGCCUUCAAAUCAGUCUCUGGAUUCAACGUUUCCUGGAUAUCCCACUGUUCCGUCAACGAUCAGUUUAGGGCCAUAAGGCUUGCUUCCAAGAAUCUCCGAGGGGCUAUUUCGUGGAAGUUUCUGAGGAACAUUUCAAACUUGCAGGUUCUUGAUCUCUCUGGAAAUUCUCUUCAAGGUCAAGUGCCUAGCUGGUUCUGGGCUAGCUCCGGCUUACUGGAGGUCAAUCUUUCCAAUAACAGGUUCGGAGGUAGCAUUAAUGGCUCCUUGGCCGAUUCUUCUCUUCAAAUGCUUAAUCUCUCGCACAAUAGGUUCACGAAUCAUGUUCAGCUUUCUGGCUUUUCAAAGCUGAAAGUUCUUGACCUUUCUCAUAACAAUCUGAAAUACCUGCCUUCUGGGUUUCAAAAGAUCGCCAACCUGAAUCACGUUGACCUAUCCAACUGUGAAAUGAAAGGAAAUGUCAAACCUCUCUCUGUUUUGAAGUCAUUGAAUUACUUGGAUCUUUCUAAUAACCAAAUGAAUGGCACUUUCCCUUCUGAUUUCCCUCGUCUUCGUGCCCUUCGUUUCUUGAACAUUUCUCACAACAAUUUCAGAGCAAUACUUAGCUUCGAUGCGUACAAGAAAUUCGGCAAAUCAGCUUUCCUUCACGCCGGUGCUAGCUUCAAUUACAACGCUUCCAAAACGGCGCCGUUUCAUCACCCUUCGUUUCAUUCUCCGAAACGAAGUCCUACCAGGAGGAAACGACCUAAAUCAAAAUCUAAAACACUGAUUCUCUCAGUGUGCUCUGCUUCAGGAUUCGUCAUUGUUCUAUUGUGUAUUUCUAUAUUCUGCGUCUACAGAAAAAAGAGACUAUUGGCUAAGAAAAGCAAAUGGGCGAUUUCGAAACCGGUACCGCCAUUGCCUUUCAAGGUUGACAAAUCUGGACCAUUCGCUUUCGAGACUGAAUCGGGUACGUCGUGGGUGGCUGAUCUGAAGGAGCCAUCAUCUGCGCCCGUUGUGAUGUUCGAGAAGCCAUUGAUGAACUUGAGCUUCAAGGACCUGAUCGCCGCGACGUCGCACUUCGGCAAGGACUCGUUGCUCGCCGAGGGCAGGUGUGGCCCCGUCUACAGAGCCGUCUUACCAGCCGGCGGAGAUAUCCACGUGGCAAUCAAGGUUCUGGAGAGCGCCAGAGACGUUGAUCAUGACAGCGCUGUUGAAUUGUUCGUUGAACUCUCCAAGCUGAAACACCCAAACGUACUCCCUCUCUCCGGUUACUGCAUUGCAGGAAAUGAAAAGCUAGUGUUGUACGAGUUCAUGUCGAACGGCGAUUUAGGAAGGUGGCUCUAUGAGUUGCCGACGGGGCCUACUAACGUGGAGGAUUGGAGUGGCGACACGUGGGAAAUUCAAAACGGCAUCGGAUUGCAGGCCUCGUCUUCGAAAACGAUGAGUUGGGAAACACGACACUGUAUCGCCGUCGGGAUAGCACGUGGCCUGGCGUAUCUCCACCACGCGGGAUCAAAACCCGUUGUACACGGCCACCUAGUCACUUCCAACAUCUUGCUCGCCGACGACUUCGAGCCGCGGAUUACUGAUUUCGGUUUCCGAAAAAUCGGGCAGCAAGAUAACCCGAAUUGCACAACUGAGACGGACGUUUAUUGUUUUGGCGUCAUACUGAUGGAGCUCUUGACCGGGACAGCCGGCACGGCGGAGACGGUGGUGUGGGUAAGGAAGAUGGUGAGGGAGGGCAAUGGUGUGCGUGUGUUGGACGAGAGGCUGAAAGAUGACGGCGGUGAGUUGGAGAGGGAGAUGGCGGAGAGCCUUCGAUUGGCGUACUUGUGCACGGCGGAGUCACCCGAAAAGAGGCCCACGAUACAGCAGGUCCUUGGUUUGCUCAAAGACAUUCAUCCUCAUGGUGGACUCCAUCGGUCUCAAGUUUGAACAACUCGUUCAACUACACAAUUUUAUUUUUAUUUUCACUCAUUUUUUCUUCUUUAAAAUACGUAAUGUUAUCUUCAAAUAUACAAUUUUUUUUUGUAAAAUUUAUUGCAAGCAUCAUAUGGCAUGAUUACAUGAAGAA